CAAAGUGUCAAAUUUUAUACGUAAUCUUUACGUCAAGGAAUUGGCAACAUAAAGGACUCAAUUUUGAUGGCUUCAAAACCAUAGACAAAGCCGAACUGUCCAAGAGUCUGAAAAGAUCGGCGGAUCGCCUGUAGAAUUCGGUGUGGAUUGCGAUGUCGGAUAUCGGCAGCGGUGACGAGGGGAUUUCUAGUCAGAAAUAUCAUGGUCAAGGAAUGGACGCGGGCGGGAACAAUUUUGACUCCGGUCAACAGCCACAAGAGCAGGAGUUGGCGACGAAGAUGCUGCAGAUCCAGUCGAAGCGGUUCUACCUCGACGUGAAGCAAAACCGCCGCGGCAGGUUCAUCAAGGUCGCUGAGAUCGGCGCGGACGGGCGUCGCAGUCAGAUCUUCCUGGCGAUGUCGACGGCGGCCGAGUUCCGCGACCACCUGUCCAGCUUCAGCGACUUCUACUCGUCGCUCGGCCCGCCCAACCCCGACAACGUGCCCGACGACGGCAAGCUCAAGUCUGAGAUGAUGCUCAAGGACAACCGGCGGUACUACCUGGACCUGAAGGAGAACUCGCGCGGGCGGUUCCUGCGCGUGUCGCAGACCAUCACGCGCGGCGGCCCGCGCUCACAGGUGGCGCUGCCGGCGCAGGGCAUGAUCGAGUUCCGGGACGCGCUCACCGACCUGCUCGACGACUUCGGUACCGACGACGGCGGGAUAUUGCCGGAGGAGCCACGGAUCUGGUUCAAAGGGGAACUGCCCGAGGGGCGGCACCUACGCGUAGACAACAAAAACUUUUACUUCGACAUCGGGCAGAACAACCGCGGCAUCUACAUGAAAGUUAGCGAGGAGGUGGUGGCAAAAAAAUUCGCGGUCCGUCGUCUCGAGGAGGUGAAGAGCAACUUCCGCACGGCGAUCACGAUCCCGGAGAAGUGCUGGAGCCGGUUCCGCGACAUCCUCGCCGACUACUGCGACAAGAUGUGUCGCGCGCACCAACAGAACGCCGACUCGCACCAGGACACAUUCAGCGGCGGCGCGUCGAACCGCAUUUGAUGCUCCGGCUCGCCCCCGUUCUACUGAGCUGGCCGCCGGCCCCUCCCGCCGCCCCGCGUUCCCCUGGUGACAGCUCGUGAGUGCGGCGCGGCGCCGGUCCGCGGUCGCCGAGCGUCGCCGCGCAUUACUUCACAUCAGGCUACAUUCUAUUGUAUAGGUUAUUGUGACGUAAAUUCGUAGCAGGAUUUAACUAAUUUAAUAGUGUAUUGAGUGGAAAUAUAUAUGUGGUUUAUUUGUAGGUGAAAUAGUGUUGUGACACUACCGUUUUUAAUGAUGUAAAGUAUCGAUAUUUUUACAGUAGAAAAAAAUGCGUCGCGCGACGUGUUUUAUCGAUUUAAAUUGGUUGUAUCUCAAUGUCCCCGUCUCUUUGGACCUGGUUUUCCCCGGUUACAUUUAGCCCAUUUUUGGUAACCUAGAAUACUGCGGUCCGUAUCGAUAAGUGUUUUUAGUUCAAAUUCUGCUACGGUUUUAUUGUAUAUAUUGUACGUCGUAUAUUUACACUUUACUUGGUUAUUUUAAUGUGCGUGAAGGAAAUUUAAAAUUUUACAUACAUUUCACAUAUAAAAUGCCUUUUUGGGAUAUCUAAAUUAACACAGCCCCCGAGGGGUUUCGGUUACUUGUCUUGUUUUAAAAACAACACUAACUUUAGGCGAUUUUGAGCUUUAUUUUUUUAAUAAUAUUUGUCUACUAUCCGUGUACAUAGUUCAUUUGCACGUCGUCGAUGCGGGGGCGGACAGGCGGCGGCGACAGCGAAUAUGUAUUUACCGACGUGACGAGACACUCAAGCUAAUCAAUAUCAUUUCAUGAUUUAUAUAUAUUUUUAAAUAUCGGGUCUCUUUUUGACUACUAGUAAAUUUUAUUCUUUCAAAAAAAUUCUAAAAUCGACGUACUUGGUCCCGUCCGUUCGCCCGACUCCGAUGCAUUCUGUGUCCCCGCAUCGACCGCUAACUUGUGAUGACGGCGCGACGUACGAGUCAUAUUGUUAAGUCGACAUUCUGACGGCCAGGCCCACAUUAUUUGUUACUAAUACAACUAAAAAAAAAACAACAAAAAAAUAUAUUAUAUGUAGGCGAGUACGCCUGGCCGCGUCACAGAACAUAAUAAUUUCAACGUUUAAAGAUAACUUUAAAUGCCACUUAUCUAGUUCGUAGGUGUAUGUGUUUUUUUAAUUUUAUUGUGAAUUAUUUAAUUAUAAAGGUUUUUUUUCUGUCUGUUUACAUUUGAGACACCACAGGCACGGGCGUCUGCGGGCGUUUGCGGUGGAAUGGAAUCAUUUUGAAUUUUAAAUGAAAGCAAAAUAAUAACUUAUUUCUAAUGUUAUGGGUCAUUCAAGUAUGUAUAAUCAGUUUAAUAUUAAAGUGUUCCUAUCCAAGGUUUCAUCGAAUGACAUGGUGGGUCAUUUUUUUUUUAAAUUGCCUCACUGGCACCAUCUAUUAACGGUUAAGUGCUACCGAAUUGGUGUCGAGGCGAAGUUAUAUUUUAAAAAACUAUUUUAAGUUCAAAUAGGCGUUUUAACAUUAUAUUCUAUUAAUUGCAAACAUUAUCACACCCACUUUAAAAAUAUAUCUUUUUUUGUGUAUCAUAAUGAUUCCAGUCUACGGAACGUAUCCCUGUUAGUAUCAAGGCACCGGGUGUUUACAGGGCUCGUAGGCCGCUCUAAUGUGACCCCUAUCCUCGAGUCCAGCACUAGCGGCCGGGGGUCACAUCAGAGCGGACAUCUCGAAUCAUUAGAUAAGUCACGUACUACUGUGAUAUACUCGUAGACGUACAAUCCGAAAGUUUUAAAAUGUUGUUAAGUGUGGGGCGGACCGCGGCGCGUGCGCAUUUUAAUUGAUAGCUUUAUAUUAGAAUUGUGUGCCAAUGUGGCUUUAUGUCAAAAUUCUAAAUUUAUUCUUUCGCAAAUGGCAGUUUUUUUGCUAUAUAAAAUUUUAUAUUCAUCGAAUUAGUGUCGAUGAAAAUUCGAGUAUACGCUAUUUUUAUCGAUUUAGAGAUACGCCGUGCUGGUCACGAAAAAAACGGUUUAUUCAACAAAAAAUGAUAUAAAUUGAGGCCGCAAGAAUCAAAGUGCUACGUAAUAGUAAAAUAUAGAUUUAACUUGAUCGGAAAUAACAGUAAAAUUGGCGACUGAAAGUUAAAAAAAAUGGAAUCAUUUUGAAGAUUUUAGAAAUAGCAAAAUUACAUCAACAUAAUGUGUUUUGAGAUAACCUCUCGUUGGGCGCCAUUAUAGAUUCAGUGAUGCAUUGUACACAUAGAUAGAAAAAUGAGUGUUGCGGCCGCAAUAACGAGUGGCUGCCAUUUGUCUAAAAGACACGCGAUCGUUUGGUGAGUCCGCCUACAGCGCGCCGCCGCGGCCCGCCCGCUGGGUAGAAUAAGUUUGGUAUGUAAGCACCCUGUGUUGCCACCGUGGGGAUCGCUCUUGGUACUAAACUCAUUUUAUGUAAGGAAAAUAUUUUAAAGUACAUCAGUACACAGUCUACAUAAGAAAGGUUAAAUUUUUUGAAUGGCUUUUUGUGGUUUUACAUUUUUAUGAUACCGCUUCGGUUGAGCCGGCUUCUCCGUUUCAAUCAGUCUUGUUUACAGUAUGAAAUAUUUAUCAGCUGUUUUUUUGGUCCUUCGAACACUUUUUACUCAAUAAGUUUUUUUACAAUUCAAAGACCGGUAACGCACGACAAUGUUUUAUUAACUUUGACCAUUUACCAUGAAGUGAGCGAUUUACACCUUUGUUGGUUACAAAUAAAGUGCCAGCAGCGAUCUCCACGUUGUGCUGAUUGCAUGUGAGCGUGUGUGGUUUGUAUAUAUGUAUGUAUACGAGUGCGCGGGACGCUAGUAUAAGAAGCACUACAACGGGCGUCGGACGUGCCUUCCACUUACUUUAAAGUAUUUAUGCAUUUUGUUUUUCAUUAUUUUUUACGAAUAUUACAUCACCCGGGAGUAUUUCACCUUUAUUGGUUGUCGCUAGUGAGCGGUGACGUCACGCGCCGCGCCGCACCAUGGCCUAAUAGCAAUAGCAAUAGAGGACGCUGCGCUGUGGCGCCUCGGACUGCGUACCCACGUGGGGCAGCCUGGGAAGGAAACUGCGCGCUUCUCUUGAUAAUUCAAUUCAAUGUUUAUGUACAAUGUAAUAAAGUGGAUAAUGGCAUACGAAGCUUAAUGCACGACAAUGUUAGCGACAUCGAAAUUUUUCAUUUACUGUAAGCGGAGCAUGCCUCACCUUAACUACAUAAAUGCGAAAUAUUAUUAUCUAUAGACAAACGCGCGUAGUUUCCCACCUGGUCCGCGCUAGCUCGUGUUAUAUUAUGUGUUACGUAUACGUGUAGGGAGAUGACCGUCGGCUGUGCAUGUUGAGUGCGCGUGCCUCCGAACUGUCUGUAUGUUAUUUUACGUUUAUAUCUGUGCUUCGUUGCUUCAGACGGUCCGCCAAUCGCACGGCUUUGCCACUAGUUAACGACUCGGUUAAUUCAAUAGUUAACGCAAACGUUUCCUGCUGUGUACUAUACAUGUAGAUGGCAGCACUUAUAAUAAGGAAAUUCUUAAGGAACUUUGUAUGUUAAGUGAUAGUCAGUAAGUGGUCUAACAAUAAUGUAGUAUAUACCGUGGAGCGUCAGCGGCAGUACGAGCAGGAAACCGACGCGGCUUCGUCGACGUGAUCAGUGGUAACUGUUGUUGUAGACUUACGUGUAAAGGUGUGUGCACAUCCGUCGCCCCGGCGUCGGCUGCGCUCGGAAUGUUAACGAAAAACGGUCUGAACAUAGCUGUGCUUGUGAUCUUCAAAAUGAAAAUGGAUAAUAAUGUUUUCUGGCGAUCCGCUGCCGGGGCGACAAGUGUGCGUGUGCCUCAAAGACAGUGGUCGCGGGACGGCCGGUGCGAAGUGAGUGCGGGGCCGCCCGCCGUCCCGCGCCGCCGUCUUCAAUUCUCCAGAUCUCACCGCCACAGAUAAUAAAGUGUCAUAUUAUGUUCCUGCGAGAUCUGCAGAAACCGUUCGAUUUGAAACAAAAAAAUAAUAGUGUAUUUUUCACCCUUUAAAUAUACAUAGAAAUAGUAGAGCGUGUCGGGUUGCACCGCGGUGCGCGGCGACUCGCGGCUGCAACCCGAAACGUCUUUUAUGUAGCUUAAUUUACAGUACAUUUUCCUUCUAAAGACCAUCACAUAGAGUGGCAAGUUGACGUCCGAUAUGUUACAUUAUAGAGAAAAAAAUUAAAAAUACCUAUAUAAAAAAAUCACUUCUCUAUACUAAUAAUAUAUAGAAAUAUAAUGGGCAGAGGAGGCGGCGCGGUUUGUUGUAAGUAAGUUAGGAUAGUUUAUAUUUUUUUAUGUUAGUCGCUUCCAUCGCGGUCGCGUCGGGUCGGGGGAGGCGCGGGGCGCGGCGGGGCGGGGGAGCCGCGCGGACUGCUCCGUGUUCCGCAUCGCAUAGAGAGUUACGGACGUGGGCUCGCGGGGGGGCGACGGACACCACACGUCUCCACACACAACACUCCAUCAUACUGAACACAAUAAAUAAAUUAAUCACACACACAGUGACAUUCCUAAGUUACACACACUCACACACUCACACAUUCACACACACACACACAUACACAUAUACUCAAUGACCGUCGUUUCCCCGCGACAAGUGGCUUAAUUUUAAAACAACAAUUUUAUGGUACAAAAUGUAAUUUUAGUUCCAUAGACUUAUAAGAAUUACAGAGUUUAUAUUUAGAUGAAGAAUAAAAAGUGAUUAUAUCCUCCGGUGGUCGCGCCGACCGCCUUAGCAGUCAGACGAUAAAAUAUAAUAAUUCUACUUGUAAUAAAAUAUCUAUAACAUAAUUAAAAAUUAAUAUUAAACAUAGUGUCUAUAUGUUGUGAAGAUAGAUAUCGCGUGGGUUAAUUAUGUCGGCAAUAGGCAGUAGUGCGUCUGAGUGUUCUGGGGACGGGAUCUUUCGUUUUCUCGUGACGUCUCUGUCCGGUGGGGCCGGCGGCUCCGUUCUCUCUUCUUCGACCGGUUUCCGGCUCGAAGGACCCCUUUUGUUCCUAUGAUUUUUUUAAAUUAUUUUGUCUCCUAAUUUGGAUUUUUUUAAAUUUAAAAUCUUGUUCAUCUUUAAUAAAUUCAAAUCCAUUUGUUUGACCUGGCACGGUAGCCACACUGCAUCACAUAGUAUAUUGAAGUCGAAAGAUAACGACCAUCGCCAGAAUUUCACCGGUCAGCUUUACUGGUCGACCACGGUCAAAUCGCUACGGCGAGUAUUACACCGUGUACCGUGAUUGACAUCGGGUCGGGACCUCCACCAACAAAUCACUUUAAAAGGAACCCGCCAGUGUGAGCCCGUGAGAGCCGCCGGCCCGCGCAGUGUUCGAGUGCUGUCCGCGACUGGCCGAGUGCUCGUGUGCUGCCCUCUGUGAUACCUCGCGCGGCACGUCCCCCGCCCGCCCCCCGCACCCUCACCCCCGCACACACCCCCGCGACCCUCCCAUGCUCUCGCCUCUCGCACGCUUCGCUAAUGCAUACUUACGUUACCGUGUACGUGAGUAUGGUUGCAGUUAUACAUUUUUUGUGUAGUUUCCAGUCACGGACGGUAAUGGUUUGGCUACGUACACUAUAACUGGUUACAAUGGCGGACACGUGAUUAUGACUAUCUUGUCGUCGAUCAUAGCCCAGUGUAGCCAAACCUUUAUUGAUUUGGUUGAGUGAUUGUCGACCUGGUGAGUGGUCUCCGUGUGAUUGGACGCGUGCAGUCUGAAGUGAUAGUCAAUUAUAUUGUAAUAUUCGUUACUCGCGCAGCAACGCCGACACACUUCACUUCCCACUCUCCCAUAAUUAUAGACGUAGUGUCGUGUGCAAUAGGGUGCUUAUUUGGUCAACGUUUUGAACUAUCUUGAAAACUAUGUCUAGUUCUAUGUCAGAGCCGAUUAACAACACCGCGGAACAGUGAAGCAGUUGUGCAAUGGUGUGUCGGCGCUGCAGCCGCGCCGCCUCCCGCCCGCUAAGUGUUAAAUAGGUCACUAUAGAUACGGAACGAUUCAACUGCAAAAAAUUAAGUAAAAAUAAUCAGAGAGUUAUAAUAGUACGUUAGUUUUAAUUAUAUUUCUGAUAUUAAUUGAUGUUUUGCUAAAAGAUAAUUUAUCUGUAUGUUACGUUUGAUGUUGCGAGGGUGUUUGCUUCUGCCGUCGCAGCCUCCACCGCAGCGCGGCGGGGCGCGUCGCACUCGCACUGCGUCGCGUCGCAUCGCGUCGUAUCGCGUCGUAUCGCGUCGCAUCGCGUCGUAUCGCGUCGUAUCGCGUCGCAUCGCGUCGCGUCGCGUGCGUGUGCGACCGCCUGCCGCGGACCUACUUGUUUUAUUACAUUACAGAGACACCAUUUUAUUGUUUUAAGCUGUUCCCGAACACUGCAAUAGCAUCGUAUUGUACGCCUGGCCGGACACUCGGCGAACAUAUAUUAGUGCCCGCGCGGCGUUAGCAGAGCGUUCCCCAGUGUUCCGGCAGGGCUCACCCCAAUUAACCGCCAUUACGCAACGGAACCUAGAAAUUCAUUUUAUAUUACAUAUAAGCAAAUAAGCAAUACCACAGUACCUGAGAUUUGAAAUAAAAAAGAAAUAUAAAAAUGUAAUAGUACGGAAAUAUAGCGGUUGAACACAAUACUUGGCGGUUAUCGAUGAGCAGUAACAAUAGCUGGAAGAGAGUUUAUGUAACAAUCAACGAACAGAUGAACAGACGUGUGGCUUGUGUUUGUGUGCUCAUUUAGUUUACUGGGCGGUUGAUCGUACCGAGCGUUCGGUGGUCUGAGGUCGGAACGAGACGUAUCCAAUUUGAACUAUUCGAACCGUAUAAUGAUAAGAGUCUAGGUUUUAUUUGGGAAUUGUUUGCAACGCUUCCUUCGACAGUGAAACUAUAAACGCAUUGCUUCGAGUCGGAUCGGCGGUCGGCAGUAAGAGCGCGGGCGAGCGCGGGCGAGCGCGCGACGCGCCGGCGCCGGCCGUGGCGGGGCCGCGCUCGCGCCGCUCCUUAGCGUAGACGGUUAGAGGGAUCACGGCGGAGUGAUAGGACUUGGUAGUAGCGGUAGGAGUAUUCAAGGUCUGACUGGUCGGCGCGCGUCUUACAUUUUUAUGCCAUUUUAUACUAACGAAUGUAGAGACGGUCAUUGGAAUUUAUAACUAUUGAUAUGGAUGUACAACUGUUCGGAAAGUGAUAAAUGUAAACACACAUUUUUUCAAAUUAAUCAUACAUUUUCAAAUUAUUAUAUAUGCUUUUUUCAUCACUUUCUAAACAGUGUGUCGUCAAACGCUUUACACGACUCAGUCAGACCUUAAAAAGUAAGAAACGGGCGUGCCAUAAACGUUAACUGACAUCAAAACGCCCAGCUUCGGUUGGCAUCACUGUCUCGAGUAAUGCUGCCAACCGAAGCCAACGAUAUGGCGCUUCACUGUACGUAAGAGAGAUUCGAGGCUCCGUACACUCUGUGUACGAAUUAGGGUACCCUUUGUAAUUACGUCCAUGUUGGAGUCAUCUCGUAUCGAGGGCACGAGAAGUAUACGGCGGCCGGAGCGUAUGCUUGCAGCAGUCCACUCGUGCCCGGAGCGGCCGAGACAGUGCAGCGGACAGCCGCCGCGUCCUCGGCUUGCUCAUGAGCGAUGGUACAAUAUCUUUGUUUCAGUUUAACGUAAGAGAUAAGUGGCCCGGCAGGUCUGGGGCGAGUGGCUGCCGCCGCCGCCAGACCUGCCUGGCGGUAUGAUAAGUGUGUGCCACCGAAUCGUUCGCAUGGCCAGAGAGCGUCGACAGAUCGUCACAGCACGUGCGAUAGCGAGCUAAAUAUCAGAGCGAAGGUGGGGGUGAACAAAUACUGCCAAUCGAUUGUAGUUUAUAUUAAAGUUAUGGAUAAUGAUUUGUAGAUUAAACGAAACAAUUUCGAAAUAUUGUGUCCUAAAUAUUGUAUGUAUAGUAUCUACACGCGCGGUGGCUGGGUGUUGUUCAAAUAUUCACUUCAAGUUGGGGGAAGUACGCGAAGAUGUGUGGAGCUGUAUCGUUUUGUUUGUGCCUUCUAACUCAUUCACCAUUCUGGGACAAUAGGACCACGAUUUAUUUGUACAUCGACUGUUUGGACACAUGUUCGGCCACCUUGUAAAUGUUUCUCUUCGGGCGAGGACGACGGAUACAAACUGUGUUCUGUAGUGUACCGAGCGACAGGGGGUUAUCUAGAUAGGUUUGCACCGGGCGCGGCGCCGCGUGGCGCGCGUGCCGUGUCGCGCGUCGCUCGUGUUGUGCGUCACCCGUGUCGCGCGUCACCCGUGUCGCGCGUCACGCGUGUUGCGCGCCACGCGUCGCCGCGGUAGAUAUAAGCGCGGACUGCGUUCGCAGGUGGAGUUAAGUUGUAAAAAAUAGAACGCAAUAUAAAUGUGGUUGUUAGGAUUAACGGGACGGCAUAUUGGGUGUUGUGUAUGGAGAGGGAUAGGCGAGACUUGUACCGGUUACCGCAUUACUGCACGCUGCAGACGGCGAUGCCUCUACCAGUGAAUCAUUUGCUUCGUUCAGAACAAUCUGAGCACCCAAUAUGCAACGGAGUAGUCGGUAAUAAUGAUAUCGUAAUGUGUGCAACUGUGGGACUGACAUGGCUCAUGUGAUGAGGAUAAAAUUUGGUUUUUGGAAAUUGGUUUUAAAAUGUUUUCUAAAUUUCUCAAUUCGUGUAUGACACGGCUCGCAUGUGUUUGAGACUGGUUCGAUGUGUAACGGGCGUCGGUUCUCCACUCGCCGCCACUCGUAGCUACUCGCGCCGAUGCAGCUUUAACACUUUCAUUUACAUUGUAACCUGGAGAAUCGACUACCCGAGGCGUUCUCGGUGUGUGGUUUUCAACUCGUAAGUCAAACCUUACAAUUCUGUCAAGUUAACAUCAAGCUAGUUGGUUAUAAUAAUUGACUGCUGUUCAAAAUCUCACAAAGAGAACGCCGUGUGAGAUUUUAUAUCCAAAGAUGUAAUGUGAUGCGUGAUGUAACUCCCUGUAGGGGUAUUAUUAUACUAGUAUUUUAUAUACUUGUUUUUCUAAUUGUUUGGCAUUAGUGAGUAUAUAUAUUAUAUGUUCUGAACAUAGAUCUCCAUUUCGAAUUUUGUAACCUUGAAAAUUUCGCACGUGCACAAUGUGCGGAACUGUCUUGGAAAAUAUUGUAAGGUGAAAAAGUGUUUUAAAAAUACUCUAAAUUUAUAAUUUGAAAAUAACGCAGCGUCUUAAUAUACGUUAAUGUAUUUGUCAACAUUGAAGGGAAGCGUUGGUUGUACCGCGUUCGGAUUUUCUUCGCAGAGCGUCGCCAAGCAAUACUCUGCGUAAAAUCCGUCCGCGGAAUUUACUGUGGUAAGAAAGGCAGUCAAACUGCAGCUCGAUGGUGCUUGUGUGUACUUACGAUGGAUGUCAUAUUUUAUUUGUAUUUUACUAAACGGCUAUUUAUUUGUAUGAGAGCAACUUACGGUUCGUCAUUAUGUUACUUCUAUUUUUUCCAAUACUUUGUAAACGCGACACGUCUCUUGGAACAGUUCGAUGAAAUUGCAAUAAGCGCCAUCUGUUGAAAGGCAUGUAAAGUGUUCGGACAUGUCGCGUAUUGAGAGAUGAGCUGUCGCGCCGUGGGAUGUGACGCGACGUUAUGUUAGAAGUUGGAAGAAGGUGGGAUGUAUGAUUGUGAUAGCGUGGGAGAUCGCACGCGACGUUGGAAUCGCUCGACAUACACAAGGCGGAAUAUUGGUGCGCGACUGCGACGCGCGGUGUGCCGUAGGAAAGUUUUACGAUAAAUGGUGAAAAAAUAAAGAAAUUACAAAAA